CGGGAACCGGGAAUUGAAGAAGCCGAACUGAAGGGGAGACGAUGAUGAGAUGGAUUUUGAUGAUACCUUCAUAGAUUGUACAGCUGAAAUAAAUGAAAUGGAAUCACAAGGUUAUGAUGAUAUUCAGCAAAGUAAUAUCAUUGUGGAUGAUGAUAGAGACAUUGAUCCUAGCUGGGAAAGACCACCUCUGCCUACCAUGAACACAAAGGAAGAUUCACUUAUCUUCCAACAGAUUGAGAUUGAUCAUUAUAUUGGCAAUCCAGUCACUGGGAUGCCAGGUCAGCAGAUUGGCCGAGUACCAGUAAUGAGGAUGUUUGGUGUGAAUGAAGCUGGGAACACUAUUUGUUGCCAUGUCCAUGGGUUCUCGCCUUACUUUUAUGUUACCUGUCCUGUGACAUUUAAAGAAUCUCACUUACCUACAUUUAAGAGAACAUUAAAUGAUGUUGUUUUCAGUGAUAUGAAAUCCAACAAGGACAACAUUACAGAAGCUGUUUUGGCAGUCGACAUGGUAAUUAAAGAAAGCAUCUAUGGGUACCAUGGUAACAAGAAAGUACCCUUCUUGAAGAUAACCUUAGCACUGCCAAGGCUUAUAGCUGCUGCUAAACGGUUACUUGGGGAAGGCAAGGUGUCUGUGGAUGGUGUAGGGAUGCCAGUUUAUGAAGCUUAUGAGUCUAAUAUUGAUUUUGAGAUCAGAUUCAUGACAGAUACUCAUUUGGUGGGAUGCUCCUGGGUAGAACUACCACCAGGUACUUGGGCUAUUAGGUCACCCAGUAAGGAUUUAACGACGCGUUGCCAGAUGGAGGUUGAUGUUGCAUGGAACAAAUUCAUAGCUCAUGUACCAGAGGGAGAUUGGGCACAUAUAGCACCACUGAGAAUUCUCUCAUUUGAUAUUGAAUGUGCUGGACGCAAAGGUGUAUUUCCUGAACCUGAGAAGGACCCAGUUAUUCAGAUUGGAAACAUGGUUGUCCGCCAAGGAGAGACUGACCCCUUCAUACGUACAAUAUUCACUCUCAAAGAUUGUGCUCCAAUUGUUGGGUCCAAAGUUCAGUCUUUUGAUGAUGAGAAAAAAAUGUUGGAGAGCUGGGCAAGAUUCUUGCGACUUGUAGAUCCUGACAUCAUUACAGGAUACAACAUAAACAAUUUUGAUUUGCCGUAUUUACUCAAUCGGGCAAAUCAUUUAAAAUCAGAGACUUUUCCUUUUUUGGGAAGAGUAAAAAGUAUAAGGUCUGUUAUUAAAGAUUCCGUUCUGCAAAGCAAACAGAUGGGAAGACGUGAAAACAAAAGUAUCAACACAGAAGGGCGUUGUCAAAUUGAUUUGCUUAUGGUGCUAGUCAGAGAUUACAAGCUGCGUUCCUACACGCUCAAUGCUGUAUCUUAUCAUUUUCUGCAAGAACAGAAGGAAGAUGUCCAUCACUCUAUUAUUUCAGAUUUACAGAAUGGAAAUGCUCAGACGAGACGAAGGUUGGCAGUGUAUUGCCUGAAAGAUGCCUUACUUCCUCUGAGACUGUUGGAGAAAUUGAUGUGCAUCAUUAAUUACAUAGAGAUGGCUCGUGUAACUGGAGUGCCUUUAUCAUACCUUCUUACGCGAGGCCAACAGAUCAAGGUCAUCUCACAGCUCCUUAGGAAGGCUACUGAGCAAGAUUUGGUUCUGCCAGUUCACAAAGGAGGAGGAGAGGAUGAGUAUGAAGGAGCAACAGUUAUAGAACCAAAGAGGGGCUACUACAGUGUUCCUAUUGCCACUUUGGAUUUCUCAUCUCUGUAUCCUUCCAUCAUGAUGGCACAUAAUCUUUGUUAUACAACUCUGCUACAGGGACCACAUAAGGCUCUAGAAUAUAACCUUGCCCCAGAAGAUUACAUCAAGACACCUUCUAAUAACUACUUUGUGAAAGCUCAUAAGCGAAAAGGUUUACUUCCUGAAAUUCUGGAAUCUCUUCUUGCAGCACGUAAAAAAGCAAAGAAUGACCUGAAGAAUGAAACAGAUCCACUAAAGAAGAAGGUUCUUGAUGGAAGGCAGCUUGCUCUUAAGAUUUCAGCUAACUCUGUGUAUGGCUUCACAGGUGCUCAAGUUGGCAAACUUCCUUGUUUAGAAAUAUCUCAGAGUGUAACAGCUUUUGGUCGCACCAUGAUAGCAGCCACCAAAGAAAAGGUAGAAGAAAAAUAUACCAAAAGCAAUGGAUAUGAAAAUGAUGCAGUGGUAAUUUAUGGUGACACAGAUUCUGUAAUGAUCAAGUUUGGUGUUGAAACUGUUGCAGAAGCCAUGGAACUUGGCAAAGAGGCAUCGCUGUAUGUUACAGAGACAUUUGUCAAGCCAAUUAAACUGGAGUUUGAAAAGGUGUAUUUCCCUUAUCUUCUUAUCAACAAGAAGCGAUAUGCAGGCCUUUAUUUCACUCGACCUGAAAUUCAUGAUAAGAUGGAUUGUAAAGGCAUUGAGACUGUCCGACGAGAUAAUUGCCCUAUUGUAGCCAGUCUUAUAAAUACUUGUUUACAGAAAAUCCUCAUUGACAGGGAUCCCAUGGGGGCUGCAGAGUAUGCAAAGCAAACUAUAGCAGACUUGCUUUGCAAUCGUAUUGACAUAUCACAGCUUGUUAUUACCAAGGAACUUACUAAAACAGAAAAGGAAUAUGCAGCUAAACAAGCUCAUGUAGAACUUGCAAAUAAAAUGAAGAAGCGAGACCCAGGUACUGCGCCUAAACUUGGUGACAGAGUACCCUUUGUCAUCGUUGCUGGUGCUAAAGGAACCCCUGCAUAUGAAAAAGCUGAGGAUCCUAUCUAUGUGUUGGAGAACAGCCUUCCCAUUGAUUAUGAAUAUUACCUAACAAAUCAGUUAAGCAAACCUCUCAUCAGAAUAUUUGAGCCAAUCCUUGGAGACAAGGCAGAAUCUCAGCUGCUAAAGGGCGAGCACACGCGUUCGAGAAUUAUCACCCACAGCAAAAUUGGAGCAAUGGCUAAAUUCAUCACAAAAAAAGCUUCAUGCGUAGGAUGCAAAGUCCCUCUUAGCAGUGCCUCAGAUGCAUUAUGCAAACACUGUCAGCUGAAGGAAAAUGACAUAUACAUUUCACAAAUGGAAGCACUUGGAAUAUUAGAAGAGAAGUUUGCACGGUUGUGGACUCAGUGUCAGAGAUGUCAGGGAUCUAUUCAUGAAGAAGUGAUAUGUACAAGCCGCGACUGUCCCAUUUUCUAUAUGCGUAAGAAAGUCCAGCUUGAGCUCUCAGACCAAGAUAAGCUUGUUAGAAGAUUUGGGGCUCCUUCAUGGUAACAUUAAACUGCCAUACUUAUUUACAUUAUGUGGAAAUGUUUUAUUAAAGUUUUCAUUUUUAGCAAUUUGCAAUUGAAAGCAUAAAAUCAGUUUUUCAAUAUAAUAACAUAUAUUUUGUAAUUAA